AUGAGCUCCAACCGGACCCGCCGCAUUGCGAAGGAAGUCGCCGACAUCCACGCAGACACUCUUUCGAAGGUCGAGGUGGAGACAUUCGGGUCGGGCGAUGACUUGACACAUCUGCGAGGGAAGUUCCAUGGGCCACCCGACACUCCUUAUGAGGGCGGCAAAUACACUGUAGACAUUCGGAUACCUAACGAAUAUCCGUUUCGACCACCAAUCAUGAAGUUCGAGACGAAGAUAUGGCACCCCAACGUUAGCAGUCAAACUGGCGCCAUCUGCCUCGACACGCUUUCUACACAAUGGUCCCCCGUCCUCACAAUCAAGUCCGCCCUCAUAUCACUACAAUCUCUACUCAGCUCGCCGGAGCCAAAGGACCCACAAGACGCGGAGGUGGCGGGUAUGCUCAUAAGCAACCCUGCGGAGUUUGAGCAUGUGGCCCGCCAGUGGGCGGUCAAGUAUGCAGGAGCACCUGAGAAAGACCGAGCGGAGGGCAGCGGUGGGGCCACGCCAGAGUCAAUCAAGAAGAAGGCGCAAAAGGCGAAGGAGAGCGAGGAGAAGGCCAAGCUUGCUGCCUAUCACGGCUACAACAAGGACCUCAUCGACCGAUUCGUCGCCAUGGGCUUCGAUGUCCCCGCUGUAGUUGCUGCCUUUGAAUUUGUGGGUAUCGACAAGAUGGGUGGGGAAGACUAUGAACUGGAGGAAGCGUACAUGGGCGACAUCACCGCGAGGCUGUUCGGCGAGGCAUGA